AUAAAUGAUCCAUGCCUCUAUCUCUUCAUAAUGCUUGGAAACUUUCCAAUAAAGACAGAACUGUGGAUGGCAAUUUCAUAUGAUGAUAUAAACAUUUUAUAUUCAUUUUUAACUCUAUUUUGUCUCUAGCCAUUCCUUUCACAUGAUGCUCGUAAGUUUAUGGUUAAAUUCCCAAUGACAUUUAAAAUGCUGCAUCUAUUUGAGUUUGAACUCUGUAUUGUCUUAAUUCUUCGCCUACACCUUUCCCCCAAUACUUACAAAUGCAUACCAGGUUGUGACACUGCUUUCCAUAUACUUUGUUAAGAUUAACGUAAAUGGCAUGAUUAUUUGAAUCGAUAAGAUCACAAACUUGUCCUAAUUGGCUAAUUUCGUAUUAAACAAUCGCUACUCUCAGUACCUUCUCUCUAUAUAAAUUCCUACUCCAAUUUAUCUUCUUCACACCAAAUCAUCACAAAACAAUAUAAUAGAAAGAUUAACAGGGCAAAAGUGGAAAAAAAAAAUGAAGAAGCAAGUUCGUUCUAGCAUCCUUCUCAUUAGUCUUCUCUUUAUUGUCAUAAGCAGUGCAGAAUCUCAGACCUGCAAGCCUAGCGGCAAGAUAAGAGGUAGAAAGCCUCCUCCAGGACAAUGCAACCAAGAAAAUGACUCAGAUUGCUGUGUAGACGGCAAGCUUUACACAACUUACAAAUGUUCACCACCGGUCAGCAGCCGCACAAAAGCAAAGCUAACAGUGAACAGUUUUGCACCUGGUGGUGAUGGUGGUGGCCGGUCAGAGUGUGACAAUCAAUACCAUUCAGAUAAAGAGCUGGUGGUAGCACUUUCCACCGGAUGGUUUGACAACAAGAGAAGGUGCUUGAACUAUAUUACUAUCCAUGGAAAUGGAAAAAGCGUCAAGGCAAAGGUAGUAGAUGAAUGUGACUCUACCAUGGGAUGUGAUUCUGAACAUGAUUACCAGCCUCCCUGCCCUAACAAUAUUGUGGAUGCCUCUAAAGCAGUCUGGAAUGCCUUGGGAGUGUCUGAUCCUGACAGUGUGGGAGAAAUGGAUAUUCAAUGGUCCGAUGCUUGAGGAUCCUUGUACGCUACUAUACACACCAAUAAUAUAAUUUUCUCAUGUAAAUAAUUUACUGUUUCUAGAUUGAUACAUGUAAACGCAUUAUUAUGUGCGUGAGAACUUUUUAUUUAUAGAUUCCCCAUUAUGCUCCUAUCCA